CUUCUGCUUCCCUACCCUCACCUUCAUCCUACUGUCUCCACCCGCCAAGACCCCAUCUCUCGCCUGUACGAUCCUCGUUUGCAAAGGCUUGUGAUCAACAGUCACUGCCACAAUGGCCUCUCGCAAACCAGGAGCGCCGCCGCUCUCCCGGGGUGGCCCAUCCGCCCCCUCUCGCGCUGCUUCCGUCCGAUCCCUCUCCACCUCCUCUUCCGCAACCAAGCUCAAUGCCUCUACUGGCUCUUCCGAUCAAGAAGCAGGCUCUUCUAGGCCCAGUUCUCCUCCGAAGAGAAUGAGCACUGGCGUUGCUGCAGGGAUGCGCCCACCUCAGAAUGGAGCCGGAGGCAUGGCUGUACGGAGAGGGGGAGAGGAAGAGACAAACAUCAAGGUUGCCGUUCGCGUUCGUGGUCGUGCCCCGGGCGAACCUGCUCCCACCGCCCCAAUCCUUUCCACAUCAGGCCCCCGAUGCUCUCAGAUAACUGUCCACAUGGAUGCUCCUCCGGUCUCUUCUCACUCAAGCGCCCCUACUUCAGCUUUGGUCACUGCCGCUGAUGCUCCAAGGGAGAAGACAUACAAUUUCGACAACGUCUUUGGACCGGAGGCUGAUCAAGGAAUGGUCUACCAAACAGUGGUGACGCCAGUGCUCGCCGAAGUGUUGAGCGGCUACAAUUGCACUAUCUUUGCCUAUGGCCAGACGGGUACCGGUAAGACACACACGAUGGAGGGAGAUCUCACAUCACAACUUGGGACAUACGUCUCGGAGGCGGGUAUCAUCCCGCGAACCCUCUACCGCCUCUUUCAUCAGCUUGAGCUGUCGAAGGACGAGUACUCGGUCCACGCGUCCUUCGUUGAACUUUAUAAUGAAGAGUUGCGCGACCUCCUUUCUCCCGACCUUCCGACUCCUCUGACAUCAGGAGGACUGAAAGUCUACGACGACAAGGGGAAGGGCGUUGUCAUUCAGGGCCUUGAGGACACGCCUAUGCGAGACGCAGCUCACGGUCUGGAGCUACUACGGAGAGGUAGUCAGAAGAGACAGAUCGCCGCAACGCGCUGCAACGAGAACUCGAGUCGGUCUCACUCUGUCUUCACUCUGACCGUCCACACAAAGGAGACUACUGCAAAGGGAGAGGAUGUUCUCAGAGUAGGUAAACUCAACCUCGUCGAUCUUGCUGGCUCGGAGAACAUUGGUCGAUCUGGCGCGGAGAAUAAGCGAGCGCGUGAGGCGGGAAUGAUCAACCAGAGUCUUCUCACCCUCGGUCGAGUCAUCAAUGCCCUCGUCGAGAAGAGCACCCAUGUGCCCUACCGAGAGUCCAAGCUGACUCGUCUUCUUCAAGAGUCUCUGGGUGGCCGAACCAAGACUUGCAUCAUCGCUACUGUCUCGGCCGAGAAAUCAAAUCUGGAAGAGACAUUGUCUACCCUCGAUUAUGCGCUGCGAGCCAAGUCCAUUCGAAACAGGCCAGAGAUGAACAGCCGCAUGACAAGAGCGGGUCUAAUCAUGGAAUACGUCAAGGACAUUGAGCGCUUGAAGCGGGAUGUACUGGCAGCCCGGAGCAAAGAAGGCUUCUUUGUGAGCAACGAAAGCUGGAAGGAGGUCCAGGAUGAGAGUGAUGCGCGAAAGAAUGCGGCAGAUGAGUUGCGAAGACUCGUCGAAGUCGCAGAGAGCAAGAGGGAAAGCCUGCAGGAGCAAUUCGAGCAGAACAUGCAGCUGCUCUUGAAGAGAGAGACGGAGAUGAAAGCCGUCAAGACAGAAUGUGCUGAGAAGAAGCUGGAGCUCGACGGAGUGAUAGACCAGGCGAAGGAACUCCAGGUCGCUCUUGCAGAGGAGACUGAGCUAAGGGAGGCUUACCGCAAUAGCGAGAAGAAGUUGAACAGGAUCGCAUCAAGCCUCAAAGCGCAAGCUGAAGAUGAUCAGAGUGACCUCGGUGGCCUCUUCGCCAAGCUCGAGCGCAAGACAAGAGUCGAGGAGGUCAACAGAGGACUCAUUGCGGAUUAUCGCGAUAAUGUCAGCACCGUGACUGCGAGGCUUGAGCAGCAAGCCAGUGCCUUUUCCAAGGCUCACCUGGAAUUCAGCGACGACCUUGCCUCGACCCUCGAUGCCUUUGUCAAGCAGGAGACAGUCAGUCUGGAGCAAAGCCAGGGACAGCUUGUUGGCCAGCUCGAUUCUCUUCGUGGCAUUGUGGCUGAUCUUGCACAAGAGCAUGGCCUUAGUCAGGGCGUGAUGGACUCUCUGGCUGCGAGGAUCGGAGGAGCUUGCGCUCAAAUCAGGGAGGCAAGCCAGCAGCAGGCUACGGCUCUUCAAGAGGAGUGGGUGAAGGUCCAGGAGCAGCUCAACACCUCCCAAAUCAAUGCCGCUAGCGGCGCUAAGAAGGCAAUGAACUCGUUGCAGGACGCCAUUGGCAACAUGAUUCAGGAGACUCGCAAUCACAUCGCAGCUGAGGAAGAGAGGGUGGAUGCUGUAAAGGCCUUUGCCACAGAGUCUGCAGAGCGCGAGGUUGCUACUUUGCGAGAGCAAAAUCAGCUGCUGACGAACCUUCUCGAGCAGGAGCGACAGAAGUCCGUGACAGCAAGGGAGAAGCUAACGAAGAACAUUGCGGAUCUGCUCGUCGGCUUUACAAACGAACGAGAUGCUGAUCUGAGCGAGGCGAUUUCGAGUGUCCAGAGCAACAUGACCACCUCUGAAGUCCAUGCGCAGCAAUUUGUUGACGGCCAUCACGAGAAGAUGGAGGAGCUUCGAGCCGCCAGUCAAACAUUCUCCCAGGCCAUCGAAGAUAGGGAGAAGACAACAAGACGUCAUCGCAAGAAAGGAGAGGCAUACAUUACAGAGGCGCAGGGCAUGUUCUCCGAAGGCGUGACGGCUUGGUCAGGGACUUUGGAAGCGAGCUUGAGUGGGGGAGCACAAAGCUUUGACAAGCUUGCAGAAGAUGUCGCUGCAGAGGUGCAACAAGCUCGCGGCCAGGCCGAGUCAUCGUUGGCCACUCAAGCAAAGCAGUUGGAAGCUCUCUCAGCCAGUGCCGAGCAAUCGAGCUCGUCUGCCCUCUCUCAGCUAGCUUCAACCCUCGCCAAUGUGGAUGAUCUAUCCGCCCGAACACAGGAUCGUCUGACGUCACAUCGCCAGACUAGUCUCACAUACCUAAACGAAGCUACUGCUCGCCUGUCUAAGAUGCGGGGAGACACCAGGACCUACCUUGAAGACCAGUACGCCGAAGAUGUGCCUACCGGCGAGACUCCCCAGCGCAAGGAAGCUACCUCCUCGAGUGCUCACCAGUGGAAGCUUGUACCUGGUACGAGGCAGAAGGCUCUGGAGCAGUACCGAUACAUGGUAGCUAAGAAGCAGCAGUCCCGCGCGGAAGAGGCAGACAGGAGAACAAGAGGGACAAGCGUGGCCCUGAGCGAGGUGGACGGGACCAUGGGCACCCUUCCGGACGAUACCCGUGCAACGAUGGAUACCACUGCCCAACAUGACGACUCGCAGCAACAAGGGACAGAUGAAGAAGGAGUCGAAGAAGGAGAGGAGGGCCUGGACGAAGACGUUCUGGAGGACAGUAUUCACUUCGACUCGGACGAUACAGUUAAGCUAGGUGGGCGUGGGGCAGCGGCAGAGCUGUCUGCUGGACCUCCGCGGCCUGUGUCCUCACUGAAGACCCGGAGCGUUCCGGCCUCAGUCCGUGGCAGAGGAGCAGCAAGGGCAGUAUCGGCUCGGUCGGUCCUCGGCGAGAAGAAUGUCACGAAUGAGGAGAUCGUCACGGAUGGGGCGAAGAAGGUGGGGAUGAAGGGCGGCGCUGCGAAGGCCCCUCCUGCUGGCCUUGGGCGGCGAACGACGAGGGCUUGAGUCGCGGAGAGAUUUGUUCAUGAUGCGCCUUGUUGUUACACUUUGCCUCUACUCUCGCUAUACCAGUCAAAGCAUUUGUAUCGUAU